AUUGGGCUGGGUCAAAAUAGACAAAAUUCCAGCACUAUUAGAUCAGGACACUGGACACCGGUAAUACAACUGAUGUCGUCUCUCAUUACCGUAGCUCCACUGCGUCCCAAGCAUCAGCGCUCAAAGAGGCAAGUACCACUCGGCACUCUCACUUUGCUUCCCCUAAACCUGUGCAUGCAUCCAUGGUGCAGCUCAAGGCCACCGUUCAGCAGAGCAUCUUUGAUUUAUUAAUUGGCGUUCUUGCGUGGUCUGCUUUUUGCCCCGUAGUGGUUGCAUGCCCCUCUACCUUUCGGAAUUCAUGCGAGCAACAUAUAUAGUUCUCUCCAGCUGAUCGCUUGCCGCAGUUAAACCGAGCGCGCGCGUUCUCCACUCCUUGCAUUGCAGGGGGGAGGCAAUGGCAGAUCUCAGGGAACUUACUCGCAGGGAACUUACUAAUGAGAUCAAUUCGGUUGCGAUGACUAUCAACAGCUAUGCCGCGUUGAUGGGUUACCUAUACAUGGCCAUCAAGGGUGUAGGUUUUCUCAUACUUACUUGGACAACCGUCGUACUUCUUGGUGGCUUCGUCUCUGCGCUCCACAAAAAAGAUUUUUGGUGUCUCACAUUUAUCACCUUGGUCACCGCCGUACAAACAACUGGGAUAUUCGAUGUCUAUCUAAAUGAAAGAUUAACCUAUAUACUGUCUUCAGCCUAUGACAUGCUAGAGGGUUCUCUAUCUGCCUUCUCGAGCAAAAACGUCUCACAAGAGGGUAGAAAUGUGGUUAUUACCCCGCAAAAGAAAUUCUGGGCCUAUCUUUCUUCAAUAUGGGUCUUUCUAGAACGUGUUUCCGUGGUUGUUCAAAUGCUGGUGCUGGCCAUACUUGUGUGCCCUCUCACGGCUGUCUACAUGUUUGGGGGGUUGAUGUCCGCAGGGGUAUCGCUUUUGCGCCUGAUACAACACGAUUACGGGGGCAACUCAGAUGAACAAGCAAACCUGAAGCCGGCGAUGGACACCUUGUACUCCCUUGCUUCACUCCAAGGUGUGCUCUUCUUCUACAGAUUCAUCUUUGGUCGCGCGGGAAAGAGGAUGGUUAUGGAUUUGAUCCCUACAUAUGGGCACGAUGAACUCAAAGCAGUUUGGACCUACUUGAGUGACACAAGGAUUGGGUGCGAGAAGAACCCAUCAUUUGCGAGAGGAAGGAACUUCAUCACACAUGCUGUAGACUUGAUAGGUUCCAGGUCGCCUCAUGACUGCCUUUCCGGCGUACACCUCUUGUACACAGCCAUAUGCUUUGGGGAAAGUGGACCCAAAAUUGCAAGUUCUAAUAAGCAUAGGUUGAUGAAACAUCUGAUCAUGUCUGCAUUAUCUUCACCUGUACUUGAGAAACUGUUGCAGACGCUGAAUCCACGGGGUGUGUAUGGCAAAGAGAUGACUCAGAUGAGAAACAAGGCCGCCGGGAUAGUGGCAUACCUUGCUCUUGACAUCCAUUUGGAGCAAUUUCCUGUGGGGAUUCAGUACAUAUCUUCCUUGAUCGGUACUUUCGAAGAAUACCGUCUAAUCAAGUCAUACCCUAAAGGCAACAAUGUGGGGGAUUGGGAAGACCACGGGAAGCUGGUGCUGCGAGGCUUGUGCAUCCUCCGGAAGCUUGCAGAAGAUGAGAAUAAUCGCAAAAUCAUGAGUGAGACCCAAGGUCUGCUACCGAAGAUCUUGGCGCCUUUGACCUCCGACCUAAUCCACCAAUUCAGCGAUGGUCCAUGGUCCAUCAGGGUAGUAGAGGGAUCGCUCAAGGUUAUGCACCUUCUUGUGGCUGCUCUGGGAGAGACUGGGUCAAGGAUACGCCGAGAAAUAUCAAACAACAAGGAAGCAAUCCACACCAUGGAGACGAUUCUCAACUGUCGCCACUGUAAUGUCAAGUUGCGGGAAAAGGCUAUGCGGAUACUAACGCAACUAUAUAUGGAUACCAAGAGCAGUCCAACUUUUAUCAAGAUGUUGGUAGCUAUCUUUGCUGCUGGCGCCGUGGACAGGUCCAUUAGAGAGUUGGCAGGUGAAGCACUAGCAAAGUUACGUUUCCAAAGGGGAGGCAAUACUUGUAUAAUCUUACAGCUAGAUGGUGACGUUGUAGGUAGCCUCACUAAAAUCCUUCUAGAUGACGAGAACAGGGUGUGCAGAAUAAGAGCAGCUGAAAUCUUGGAGCAUAUGUGCAACAUUCAUCACACCUUGGCUUUAUCAAUGAAGUCGGAUGAAAGCAUAUCUAUUGAGAUUCAACACACUCAAGAUGAUGAAUGUAUCAUUAAAAUGAAGAAAAUCAUGACCUCUAUAAUGCCAAAGGUGCUUGAAAAAAUACUUGGUUAUGAAUUUUCGAAAGAUGAAACACAAGCAAGAGCAGAACAAGACCAACUUGAGAUCGUGGUAAAAGAAGAGGAAAGGGGUGUGGAGGAUCAAAAAUACUGGGAUGAGGUGGAACUGGAGGAAGAUGAAUCCGAGAAUGACGAGCAUGAGGAAUUCUGUGCACCCUUGUUAUCCCUUUGUGUGACGGUAUUUAACACUUUCAUUAGUGCUGAUCAAGAUUUACAGUUUGAUGUAAUUAGCCUUCCAAAGAAGCUCAAUGAGAUGGUAGAAAAAAACAGUGAUCUGACUGUCCGUUGCCUGAGGCUGAUGAAGACUACGUGUCAGAUGGUCACAUCGAUGAUGGAACACAAUGGCAACUACGGCAAAAACGACCUGGAUAGCUUGAUGAAUGCAUUGUCCAGUGCCUCUGAACACAUGCGUCAUCUUGACAUGACAAUGGUUUUUGCCAUCGAAGAGGAUGGGGCGCAGAGAAUGAAGCCUCUCAGGAGCCUCAGUUCACUGGUGAAAGAAGCUAAGGAAAGUGUACAAACAAGAAUGGCAACUAAGGCACACGAAUCAGAAAACAUGGAACCAUCUACCUCUAGUCCUCCGCCAAUGGGUCACAAGGAUUGAGUUAAGAAAUACUCCCUCCAUCCCAAAAUAAGUGUCUCAAGUUUGUACUAGCUCUAGUACAAAUUUAUACUAAGCACAAGACACUUAUUUUGGGACGGAGGGAGUACUCCCUUAGUGAUCUAAAAGGUAUUAUAUUUCUUUACAGAGGGAGUACUAUUCUGCUCACGUAUUGCUUCAGUCUAUCAAGUUGCAGAUUUAUUAGUGCAAUGAGCGUCAAUGCUCUGUAUUUGUAUGUUUAUUUCCUUGAGAUGCUUUGUAUCUGUGUUUGCGUUUGUGAUGGCUUGAAUAAAAUAAGCCCAGCGACCUUGUAUGUUGUCACUGCAUA